CAUCAAUCAAUCAUGGGACUGAAUGAUGAACAAAAGAUACAAAUAGUACCACACCAUCAACUUGACUACCCAGCAUUACUCAGAUAUCUAUCAUUUCAUCCUGGCUUCCCUUGCAGUCAACAUAUUCGUAAUCACUUCUUAGCUCAAUACGGAGCAUAUGUGAAACAUCCUGAUUUGGCCGAUAAGCAAAUCGAUGACGAUCCAUGGCGUACGUAUCACGAUUACAGAAAAGGAUCUGUGAUUGUAGCAAUCGGAGACGUUCCAGCCAGCGUUAGAAAGGGAGAUCAUCUACAGGAUGACCCAAACGAAGAAAGUGUAUGGGCAAUCGUUGCAGUAUUUCCUAGCUAUUCACCUGGCUGGGUGACCUUGUCGGAUUAUGAUAAAAACCAAUGUGAUUCCUUAUGGAAUGCUAUUCGAACCACUUUCUGGCUAAGCACAGAAAUACCAUUUCAACAACAAAUCACACCGGAUCAAGUACGUCAAGCCUCUGUCCAAGAAAGAAAUCUACUAAAAUUCAUCUUUCAACAGCAUUUACCAAAAGCAUUCAGUCACAUUGCAUCAAGUUUACCUGCUCACAGCAACGUCAAAAAGUACGAAGAUGAUAACACUCUCACGCUGUCUGAUUUGCAUGCUAUCAACCACAUUUGGAUGAAAGAACUGCAGUCGAUUCAAGAAGACAUAGCUGGCGACGAUCACUCUUUCAAGAUGGUGCGCUGUAAUCCUUGCGUUAAUUUCACAAUGCCUGAAGAUAUUGCUCUUCAUCUCAAGAAUGACAUAGAUGCAUCAAGAUGGAAAGUAGGUCUCAUGGGUGAUCAUCCCGGAGAGCUGGAAAUGGUGGUCAAGAGCAAUAAUGUAAGAUAUCCAAUGUUCUACACCAAGGGACGCCGUCAUCUAUCAGUCGUUUUACGUGAUCAAGAAGGCUUCAAUGAGCACAUGCAAAUGGAAGAUCAAGAAUAUCCAACGAAGGUCUAUCCUGGCGCUCCUGCUGGCUGGGCGUACUCACACGAUGAUUUCUCAUUAGGGUCUCUCCAUGUUGCUGAACCAUAUAGACGUUUGAAAAGAGACGGUGGAGACAAGGUCAAGAAACAAGGUGUGGGCACGGUCUGUCUUGCCUUAAUGGCUGGAAUGCUCGUUCAAUGUCAGAAAGAUGCUUUAAGUUCAGCAGGCUGUCUUGAUUUCGAAAAGUUACCUACACCUAUCAUCUCGGAUGCCGAACAACAUAAAGUUGUAGCAGUAGCGUUUCAUCGUAGUGCUGGAUUCGCACCUCAGUCAAUCACUUCUUGGGGUGCUUAUGCCAUUCGGGCCACGCAAAAUGUGUAAUAUAGAACUCAUGAUAGAAGAGUGUAGAUAAUAGCAAAGUUUUUUGGCUCUCUCCUAUUGAUUCUUACCUUUCGCUUGCGUAUUUUGUGUCAAUGCAAGAAGUCUAUAAAGUGUAUAUGC